AAGGCUGUGACACAGGACCACAGAACAACGGCGCGCCCCUCCCGAUCCCUCCUGCAAAGAAAGGGGGGGAGAAAGGGGGCUUCGCCGCUGCAGGCUAAGGGCGUUAGGAAUGGCCUCCGCCUCUCCAGCAGAGCUAGAGACGUGGGUCGGGCGGGGACGCGAGCUGCCAAGGGACCGCGACUCGGCGUUGGCCUCACCGAGGGAAUUGCGGUCGUUGAGAGACCCGGAGAAGGUAGCCCGUUCCCUGGAAGAGUGGGAGGGAGGGAGGAGGUGCCGAUCCGCCGGCUCUCGCGGGACUGCGGAUAAGCAAAGUGGGCAUGGAAGGCGCUACCUGGACGACCGAAGGGGUCUUGUUCCCUGGAACCACCCCAGUGCAGCUUGGAGCGACGAGGCGGUGAUUCCUUCCAGAACGACGAGGCGGUGGCCUGAGAGCAAUGGAGGCCUAACGGCGACGGUGGCCUGAGAAGCGGGGAUCCCUUUCCUUCCCUUCCUGCCCCCGUUCCCCCACGCCUCUUCCCCCCCCCAGACCCAGGAACUUUGCUAACACUUCGCCGCUGGCUCCUCCUACGCCGUGCCCAGCCGAUGGCCCAGCCUGUGCGCCUUUAAGGCUGGAGCGCCCGAGUGGGCUUGGUUGCGACUGUAAGGGUUCGCCAACGGCGAGAGGCGCAGAAGACCCGACGGGCGCCCCCCCCCCCGCGCCACAACAGAGGCGGCCCAGAAGGGGGAUGGGCGGGGGCAUUGUGCCACUCUGAAGGCCUAGGCCGGGGUCGAGGGCCGCUUAGCCCCAUCCAGGGCUAACACGCCUGGUUUCUUGAGGCCCGAGGGCAGCCUCGGAAUGACCCGCAGGGGGUGCUGAAUCCUCGCCCGGCCCGCUCUGGGGCUUGGGACCUGUCCUUCCCCCUUCCCUCCCUCCCUCCCCCGGCAAUGAUAUCCGCGAAGGAAGGGAAGGCUGUUCCCGCGCUGCCGCAGCCGGGCGCAGCAGAAGAGAGGCGCCGGAGCCCCCUGGACCACCUCCCUCUCCCUGCCAAUUCCAGCAAACCUCUCACCCCCUUCAGCAUCGAAGACAUUCUCAGCAAACCUUCCGGGCACAAAGCCCCUGCCGCCCGCCUGCUGGAAAAGGUUGCCGGCUCGGCUGGAACCCCGCGGAACGGUGUGCCCGCUCCCGACUCUCCGCUCUGCGCCCUGGAAGAGCUGGCUAGCAAGACGUUCAAGGGGCUGGAACUCAACGUGCUUCAGGCGGCCGAAGGCCGGGACCAGCUCGGCGCCUUCGGGCCGCGCCCUCCGUCCAAAAAGCGGCGCAAGUCGCGCACGGCCUUCACCAACCACCAGAUCUACGAGUUGGAGAAGCGCUUCCUGUACCAGAAGUAUCUCUCUCCCGCCGACCGAGACCACAUCGCGGCGCAGCUGGGCCUGAGCAACGCGCAGGUGAUCACCUGGUUCCAGAACCGUCGCGCCAAACUGAAGCGAGACCUGGAGGAGAUGAAGGCCGACGUGGAGUCGCUAAAGAAGUUGCCCCCCGCCGCCCUGAAGAAGCUGGCCAGCAUGCCCGAGCUGGAGCCCCCGGGCGUCUCCGAACCUGCCCGAGGCCGCGGGGGCAACCUCUCCCGCACGUCGCCGCCACCCUCACCCAGCGCCUCACGCCACACCACGGACCCUUUCUCCGACGGCGAGGAAGAGGAGGAAGAGAUCGACGUGGGAGACUGAGGGCCGGUGAGGGGGACGUACGGGAGGGACAAUUGCCCCCUUCAGCUGCUGCCUUCCCCCUUCUUGCCUCUGGAUAGCAAGGCCGCUUGAGGAGGAGUAUAGGACUGGCCUACAAGACCCUGCUUCCCCCGGACUGCAUCUGUCUCUCCUGGAUUCCCGCAGCCACCCACCGACCCACCGCCAUGCACCGCACCUUAAGCGCUCCUCCCAUUCCUGAUCCGCAAUUCUGCAUGUGCUGGACGACCGCCAGGCUUCUCCCCCUCUCCUCCCCGCCCCUUCUUUUCAGUGGAGGGGAAGUUUUGGUGCAAUUUUUAAAAGUUUAAUUUUAUUGUUGUUGUUAUUUUUCCAGCGCCCCAUUGUCCCUAUGGCCUCGGCUAUUUUAUCUGUGAGUUCGUGUCCUUCCUUGGGUGAGGCGCCACCGGGGCACUUGAGAAACAGGAGAGUGGGUGACAUGGAGCCGCUCGCCUCCUUUCGGAGCCGUGGUGGGGCUCUUGAGAGAUCCGAAGUCGGCAUCGCUGGGCCUGCAAUCCGGCCUACCCAGCCCUCCAGGAACUGAUGGCAACCCGGCCUUCUGCCCCUCCGCCGCUGCCCCUCCCCCAUUUUUAGGUCGCGCGUGCGUGUACAUAUUUGGAAUAAAAGGACAUACUUGAUACCAAA